AGAAUUAGGCCCAGUAACUUAAAUUCGCAGUCCUCUUCUGCGAUUUGGUUGGGAGUUGUGAAUUGGGAUUGGAAGAAAGCGAGUGGUUGUGUUAUGGGACAACAAUGAACAGAACCGUCCUCUCCAUCGCUAAAAGAGCUGCAGCUACAGUUCAAAAAUAUUUUACUCAAGGGAGGGUAUUUGUGUAUGUUGAAGGUUUGUCAUGGUCAGUUGAUGAGAAAUCCUUAAAAGAUGCUUUCUCUUCGUUCGGAGAUGUUACUGAAGUUAGGAUAAUGUAUGAUAAAGACAGUGGUAGGUCAAGAGGCUUUGGUUUUGUCAAUUUCUCGAAAGAAGAUGAGGCUAUAUGUGCAAAAGAUGCCAUGGAUGGGAAGGCAUUGUUGGGUCGACCAUUGAGAAUAAGCUUUGCUCUUGAAAGGGUUCGUGGUGGACCUGUGAUUGUCCCUCGCCUUUCAGAUAGUGGAGAUGACUAUAAUCGCAAUGGUUGAAAGUUGAAACUCCUUUGAAGUAAUGUUUUUUAACAAAAAUAUGAACUCAUACCUUUCAAUUCUUGACACUGGUCUUAAAUAUUACAGCUCUUACUCUCCAUUUUUUAACAUACCUUUUAGUUAUUGUGCACUCAAUAAACACAAGAAAAACAAAAAUAUUCAAUGCCAGGUAGUAUAUUUAUAGUUCA